GCCACUCAAUCAAUCGAAAACAAACAUGGCAGCUGUAGCAGUGCGACGCACUCUCUGUGAAUCGCGCGGCUUCCCAUUGCUUGUGUAGAGAAUGUACAGUUUGUGUUCGAGUAAGGACCUCCACGAUUUUUUCACAAUGUUAAGCACUAAGCGGGACGAUCGUGCACCCUGACAAGAAAUGGGAAACGUGUUUGUCGGCAGCGGUGAUUCCCUCAAAGAGAUUGCACUGACCCAUUUCAGCACUCUGCGUUUUUCCAAGAGAAGGUUCACAACGACAAUCGAUCAUCUUCCGGAUUAUGUUCUCCUCAACAUCUUCAACUACCUUGAUUUUCUGGAGCUAUGUGUUAUCGGCCUGGUCUGCCGCAAGUGGUACGCGCUGUCGCGGGAUCGCACCCUGCAUCGACGUGUGGACCUGUCGCACGUGCAGCUGACCCCCAAGCAACUCAAGCUGCUGCUUCAGAUGCGUGCCAUGCCUCCUGCUGUUGAGGAGCUACGUGUGUUCGGCGACCACCACUGCCUCUGGGCAUGUAGCGUGUCGCCGCGCGCCCUGAGGCGCAUUCAAAGUCGCUGCCCACGCCUCCGCCGCUUGCGCAUCCACAAUUUCAGUUUCCGUUCUUCGUCACGCGACAAAUGCGUGCGCCUGGCCGACUUUCCUGAUACUCUGGAGCACCUGUCUCUGCGCGGAUCUAUUGUUGGCAGGUCAUCGUUCUUCAAGGCGAGUCGGCAGGGCCAGAACCUGUCGCGGCUGCAGGUGCUCGAUUUGGGUCGUUGUUUUUUUGUGGCUGAUGCAGAAGCCAAGCCUUGGCCCUGGCUUCCUAGUCUUACACAGCUGUACCUUGAAGGCUGCCCUUUCCUGGAUAGCACUGGAUAUUUUCAGGACAUGCUGCGUAAACUGUCUAAGCUUACACUACUUGAUGUGGAGGGGACAUAUAUUGCUGAGAAUGCUUUGGAAAUAGUGGCAUCCCACUGCUCUCUGUUGGAGCACCUCUACGUGGGGUGUACAGCAACAAAGGAUAGUUCACUAGCCUCCAUGGGCAACUUUGGUGGGAUGACCAAAUUGCAGUCAAUCUGUUUGGUGCAGACCCAGGUGACAGAUGUGGGUUUGCUGCACCUGGCACGAGUAGCACCUGAGCUAAAAGUUGUAAUGCUCGAGAUGGACCAGGGAAUGUCAGACCAGGGCAUAGCUGAACUUUGUGACAGGCUGCCUAGCGUAUCUGUCCGGAUUGGCGAAUGCAUCGGCCUUGUGUCAGCUGUUUUUCGGCAUGAAGGUUGCGGCCAUUAUGAGCUGCAUUAUGUUGACAGCCCUACAUGACCACCUUCUUUAUGCUCAGCUUUCGUCUCACUCCAUGAAAGACAGACUAACAUGUCACUCUUCUUAAAUUCAUCCUGCUGUAUUAAGCAUCACAAGAUAGCAAAAGCAUAAAGUGCAACAUUUUUAGCACACCCUUCAUUGCCUUUGCUUGCAUAGCAGGAUUUUCUAUAUUUCCCUCAAAGUGUUCUUAGCAAUGUAGAGCUUAAUGUGAAAGUGAGCAUUUGAUGCCUGUUACUUCUACAAAGGUUUUCAUGUUAAAGUAGUUGCGGUAGUUGGGAAACGCCUGUGUUUUUUUUUUCUUUGACUUCUAACUUCAAGCAUGGUGCAUUGUUUUGUCACUCCCAUAUUGCCACUAUUUGACAUUUUUCUACAAAAAAAAUGAAAUGUUGAUUGAUGCUAUAUUUAUUUCAGAAGUGAUUAUCAAUUAAAUAAUAGUUCUGCUCACUGUAUGUCUACAAGCUUGGCGGGGGUCUGGUUAUCAUUGGGCCUACCCAACCACACAGUCUGACGAUCAAGACCAUUUGGUCGGGUAGCUCACUAGAAGCUGCUGGCUCAUGCGACAGUAGCAUCAAGGACACCCCCUUCUCACCUGUCACAAUCUGCAUCUGUCUGCCAGUAUUUUUAUUGCUGUGCUUGACCCACAGUUUCAUCCUUCAUGCAUCAAAACACAAGUGCAUGCACAUAGCAUCUGUGAUCUUUCAUGCAACAUUUUUUACAUGUGAUGCAUCUUGGUUUGGCUAAUGAUGCACUUGCAUUUUUAUACUGCCUAAGUGUACAUGAGUAGCCUCUGCAGCAAUGCCAAUUCAUUUUUUCAUUGAACUUUGGGCUGCUUGUUGUGAUUGCUUGUGGUAUUCUUCAGGCAUUGAUGUUAUUCUUGGCUUUUAAGAUUUCCAGAAUACAUCAAUUUACUGCGACAUGCUCAAUGUUAUUGCUGCCUUGCUGUACACAUGCUGACAAAUAAGAUAUCUCUGUCAUGAAUGCCGCAAGAUCAGUGUCUGCAGAAACAUCUAAACAGUAGUAGCAUUUUAGGCAUCUCACCUACUCCUUCCUGCGUUAAUGUGUGAUGGAAGAGUUAAAGCUGACUAUACCACAAAGGCUGCCAUACAAUAUUCCUCUCAAAUUUUAUGACUGCAUGUUUUUGUGCAGCAAGAGAUCAACUCAUGAUCUCACUCUCAUUACAGCAGUGCACGCUAAGGUCGUAUAAAUUCUAAUGCUACCGUGCAGUGUGCACAGCUUUGUCAUUAAUGUACUAUUACACUGACUGCUCACGUCAUCAUAGCUUUUCAUCUCCAUUCCUGGCAAUCUUUACACCUUAAAUUUAGGAAUUCCCUAAGACAAUGAGAACUGCAUGUUUUAUUCGAUAGUAUCCGUUAAAAACUCAUGUUAUUAUUCCCUUUUAACUUUUGCGGGUGAAACCUUGUUCAGAGUCUAUUUGUUACACCAUUAGUAGUGUUUAUUGGUGCAGUUUGUAAGCGAGAGUGCAAUGAAUAGGGGUGUGCAGAUAUUUGAAACUUUCAUAUAUUGAAUCAAAUAAAUCCUAUUCAAUUUAACUAUCGAAUUAGAUAGUCACUAUUUGAUUAUGUUUUCUAAAUGGAUAGUAACUAUAGGUAAAUCCAACAAUUUUUCUAAUACUUCACUUAAUACAACAGUGGCACCAUUUGCUGUGGCCAUUCGAAUAAAAAAAAUAUUUUUUGUGCUCUGCUAUUGUGGGGAGGGUGCAGAUUGCUAGAAUUUCUUAAUUGAUCGCGAAGGUAUACACAGAUAUUCAUUCGCUAACAAGGCUGCUUUUCUUAAUUUCAAAUUUUAAUGCAAGGACCGCGUAUGCUCUGAAGAGCCUUGACUUUAUGAACAAGCUACUUAGUUAAUUGUUCCUAAUAAUCCCUUUGCACAUUUAAUGAAAGAACUGCAACUUACUACUGCCAUUAAAAAGUGUCAAAAGUUGCAGUUCGAGCAUAUCAAUAUGCUAAUGGAGCAGAUAGAGCACAAAUGACAUGCAGUGUAAUUGCCAAAAUUUUAUAAUUUUGUGAGUACUGGGAUAUGAAAUUCUUCUAUAUUAAUGGUAAGAAAGGUGUACAUUACUUGAUAACUAUUGAAAAAUAUUUUACAUUCGAUUCAAUUCACUGCUGCCAUAAUUAGAUUCAUAUUCAUUCAGUUUCUGGCACUAUUCAAUUAGUAUUCCAUUCGGUUCAUCCUACUAUUCGCACACCCCUAGUAAUGAGUGCAAUCUUGCUUUGAAGUGACCUUUAUCGUGCAAUCAUCUUUUUUAUGUGUUGUAUCCAGGCUGUGUGUUGACAUGGUAUUGAUUUAUUUAUUGUGGAGGCAAUAAACAAAGAGUUCGACUCAAUUUUUUUGGUCUCCUCAUGGUUGGAAAGCAGCUUGAUCAUAGGAUAUACGAGUUUUGUAUGUUUAGAUAUUUAUUUAUUUAUUUUGACUCUAUGUCUUCCUUCUUUAGUAUGUACCAUUGCGCUCAGUACAAGUUGCGACACAACGGCCCAUUACUGAAAGGGUUCCGAGAUUGCAUGGCAGCACUGCCACAAAAAAAAUGGAAAACUAAAUGCCAUGAAGAAGGGUAAAAAGGACACCGACCACUGAAUGAAUACAAGAAAUGACGUUUCGGCUCCCCUGACGGGAGCCUUGUUCACAAUCUUCAUUUUUUUUUUUAAGAUGAUUUUUGAAUGCAGAAGCUCUGCUUGUCACUGAAAUGUACUGGCGAAUCUCGGUGAUGACUGGCUGGCCGUACACCCGGCGAAGGUUAAUGAAGUCGAGGUUUUGACAUGGUAUGACAUGGUCGGUGUCCUUCUUUUUACCCUUCUUCAUGAUGCCUCCCGACCAGACGGGCUUCCGUCAAAACCUCGACUUCAAAACUAAAUGCCGUUUCAGUUACUGGUAGCACCUCAUUAACAAGCAGAAGGGCACCUGUUAUUUUUCUGAGUGAAAGUAUGAGUGCUGGGUGUAUAACAUGUUGCAACUUAUAUUGAGUGUUAUAAUACAUCAGUGGAAUGUAUUGGGCUUUUUACUAUUCAUCUUAGGCUAGGUUGUGUAUUAUUGUUACUUUUUCAUGAUGCCACGUGAUUGCUUUCUCAUGUAAGACUUUUUUUGUGUGUAAUAUUGUUAUCAGCUUGCACACUCUGGAUGAUCUGAGCUUGGUACCUGCAGCUCAUAGGAAUUAAACAGACUUACCAUGGGUUUCAAAGGUGAAUUUUCAAGAUCAUUUAUAAAUUUCAAUUGUGUAACUUGUAUUUGUAUCAAACUCUGCCAUAAAAGAAAUCCUGCUACAUA